CAUGGCAAAAAUGCCGAGAGAGCCGGAUUCACUCAGUUAUCAUCGUGCAAAAUGCCCUGAGGAUAGAUUCCUGAACAAGAGGACCGAAUGGCUCCAAGGACCCUUCAGAUUCCUCAUAAUAAUCAUUUUCUUCUCUUAUUUGAAACAUACUUCGGCACAUCCUCAGUGUCUGGACUACCAGCCACCUUUUAAACCCCCUUACCACCUUGAGUUUUGCAGGCACUAUGAGAAGUUUGGUUGCUGUGACCAAAAAGCAGACAACAGUAUUGCAAUGAGAUACUGGGAUAUAAUGGACCUGAUUGGUGAUGAGGCAUAUGCAGUGUGCGCUGAUUUGGUAAAAGAUAUUAUGUGUCAGGAAUGUUCUCCAUAUGCCGCACACUUGUUUGAUGCUGAAGACCCAUACACUCCAGUGCGUCACUUACCAGGACUGUGCUUCGCUUACUGCUCAGAAUUUCACAUCAAGUGCCAUUCUGUGGUAAAGUAUCUAACCAACAGCCAGACACUGCUGGAGAUGUGCGAGAAGGACCGCUCUCAUUUCUGCAACCUCAUUAACCUCCCUGACCAGGACUACUGCUAUCCCAACGUCCUGGGGAACAAUGACCUGUACAGCAAUCUGGGCAAGGUGGUGGAGGACACCAAAGGCUGCCUGCAGCUGUGCUUGACAGAAGUGGCCAAUGGGCUGAGGAACCCUGUGCUGAUGGUCCACAGCGGAGAUGAUACCCACCGCAUGUUCGUGGCAGAGCAGAUUGGCUUCGUAUGGGUGUAUCUGAAAGAUGGCAGCCGCUUAGAGCAGCCCUUCCUGGACAUUAGCGGGGAGGUGUUGACCACACAGUGGCUGGGAGAUGAAAGAGGUUUCCUGGGUCUCGCCUUCCAUCCAAAGUACCGAAACAAUGGCCGCUUCUUCAUCUACUACUCUAUUUUGAUCAAUGGCAAGCUGGAGAAAAUACGCAUCAGCGAGAUGAAGGUCUCGGCUCAUGACAUGAACGUGGCAGACCCCCACUCAGAGAGAGUUCUUCUUGAGAUUGAGGAGCCUGCAGCAAACCAUAAUGGUGGGCAGCUUCUGUUUGGUCUAGACGGAUAUCUGUACAUCUUUACAGGGGAUGGUGGAAAAGCAGGAGACCCUUUUGGAAAGUUUGGAAAUUCCCAAAACAGAUCAGCAUUGUUAGGAAAAGUGCUUCGGAUUGAUGUGGAUGGUAGCAGUAUAGAUGGGAAACCCUAUAAGAUUCCUCCAGACAAUCCCUUUCUUGGAGAGCCUAAUGCAAAGCCAGAGGUCUAUGCCUACGGUGUGAGGAAUAUGUGGCGCUGCUCGGUGGAUCGAGGGGAUCCACUCACUGAUUACGGGAGAGGGAGAAUAUUCUGCGGUGAUGUGGGUCAAAAUCGAUAUGAGGAGGUUGACGUCAUUGUGAAAGGAGGAAACUAUGGAUGGAGAGCCAAAGAAGGCUUUGAAUGCUUUGAUAUGAAAUUAUGCCAGAACUCUUCUCUAGAUGACAUUCUGCCAAUAUUUGCCUAUGGACACCAUGUUGGGAAAUCCGUAACUGGAGGUUACGUGUACAGAGGAUGCGAAUCACCAAACCUCAAUGGUCUUUAUAUUUUUGGAGACUUUAUGAGUGGACGAUUGAUGGCUCUGGAGGAGGAUAAGAAAUCUGGGAUUUGGAAGGAAAAGAAUGUGUGCAUGGGUGACACUAAAACCUGCUCUUUUCCCGGCCUUAUAAAUCAUCACCACAAGUUCAUCAUCUCAUUUGCAGAGGAUGAAGCGGGAGAACUUUAUUUUUUGGCGACCUCCUACCCAAGUGCAAUGUCUCCCUUUGGCACGCUCUACAAAUUCAUGGAUCCAUCCAGGAGGGCACCUCCAGGAAAAUGCAAAUACAAGCCACUUCCUGUAAAGGUCAGAGGGAAGAAAGUGCCAUUCACACCUAGAGAAUUGACUGUGCUUGACAUAAGUGAAACACCUACAAGAUCACCACUGGAAAAGAUCUUACUCCCCACUAAACCACCAGGCACACGCCAGCCCACAAGGGCCAAACCCACCACAUCUGGACCGAAGAAAAAAAUUCCGGCCAAAACCACUACAGCAAAGUUGAGCCAAGAAAAGUUAAAGAAGACGACUCAGGCAAAUGAGAAGCAAAUAAACACAAGCACAAAAACACUAAAGAAGGUUCCUCCUAACAAGAAGUCAUUGUUACAAACCAAAAAGGACAAGCAAGCAGGAAAGUCAUCUCUCAAUCCCAAACUGCCCAUAAAAAGUGCUCCGAAAAAAAAGAAAACCAAACCUCUCAAACCAACAAAACCUAAAGAUGUGACAAAGCCCAAGGUCUGGCUACAAAAGACUCAAAAGACUAAAAAAGAGGUGAAGAAACCCGUGAAGAACAAACCUAAGGUGACUGUUUCUAAAAAGAAUCAAGACAACAGAAAAAAGACUAAAAAUAUCACUUUCACAAAAAAGAAAAAACUGUUUAAAUAAGCAAUGCGUGUGUGUAGUAAUUAGAUGGUAGUAAUGUAGAGCAAUAAAGAGAAUUCAAAGAGAUCCUGUUCAAACAAUGUAUCAGUUGAAUUGCAGUUCUGAGGUCAGUCUGAUGUGUGAUAUGAAAGACCAUAGAGAAAACCACAACAGUCCUGCGCCAACAGGAUUUUGUUUAGCAUGCAACACAGAAGCAUUCUUCAAAUGUUGGACUUAUUUCUGGAAUGUGGUGAAGUAAUUAGUUUGGGGCGACGAUCUUUAUUUUAAACCAAAACUAAAAUUAAAAGGAGAAAUAAAAAAUAAAAAAAAUGCAAAAAGCAAAAAUGCUUUUAAAAGACUUUCUUAAACAUAACUCUUUGAAACUAAAAUACAUUGAACUAUAAAAUGUGCUAAUUUUAUGACAUACCUAAGAAAGUCCAAAAUGCACAUUUUUGAAAUGUAAAGCCAAAGUGGCACUGCUUUUGCUUUAAUUGACACAGGCAAAAAGCAAACUUAUAUAUACCAAGUCUUUCUUGGUGCAAGUAAAAAUGGUUUAUUCAGUAAAGUAUUUUGUCUUGCUUACAAUAAAAUUAUUUUUAAUGCAGAUCCAAGUCUGUAUGAGGGUUUAAAUGAGGUAUUGCUUACUACACCCUUGGUGUUUGUAGCACUAGGUCAACUACAAAAGUCGUUUUGUGAUUGAAGAUUUAAGGGGAACCACAAUUACUGAACAGGUCUUUAGAAUUUUACUGUAUCAUUUUUUUUUUUUUUUACUUUUGCUAUUGUACAUGCACAUUUUGCAUAUUAAUCCAAAAGUAAAAUGGAAUUUGAAAAUGGUACAACUUUUAAUGCUAAACAACAGAGCUUUUGCUGUUAUUCCACAAAACAUUUAA